AUGGCUCACCCGUAUGGCACCGACAACGAGGACCGCCCUGCGUUGCAGAUAAAGGAUGAGCAUGUCAUUGCCUGCCUCCGAUGCUUGGCGAUGGAUGCGGUGCAGAAGGCCAAUUCCGGUCAUCCUGGCACCCCCAUGGCCAUGGCUCCCGUUGGCUAUACUUUGUGGGCGAGGACUCUGAGCUAUGAUCCAGAGGACCCAAAUUGGCCGAAUCGUGACCGCUUUGUGCUGUCCAUGGGCCAUGCAUGCAUGCUCCAAUACGGCCUUCUCCACUUAGCUGGCGUGAAGAAGGAAUCUGGUGACCCGGCAGUUUCUCUGGACGACAUCAAGAACUUCCGGCAGUUUGGCUCCAGCUGCCCGGGCCACCCUGAGUUUGGUGAAACAGUGGGUGUCGAAGUGACCACCGGUCCCCUCGGUCAGGGCGUCGCUACCAGUGUAGGCAUGGCGAUCGCCUCCAAGUGGCUGGCAGCGAACUUCAACAGGCCCGGCUUCGACCUCUUUGACUAUGAUGUCUACGCCCUUGCGGGCGACGGCUGCUUGCAGGAAGGCGUCUCGUUCGAAGCGGCUUGCAUAGCAGGGCAUCUCAAGCUCGGCAACCUUUGUUGGAUCUGGGACAACAACGGGAUCACCAUCAGCGGAAGCACUGCGUUGUCGACUUCGGAAGACAUCCCCGCACGCUUCGGUGCUUGUGGCUGGAAUGUCAGAACGGUUGAAGAUGCCAAUGACGUGAAGGCGCUGGAAUCGGCCUUCUCCCUGAUCAAGCAGGAGCAAGAUCGGCCGACGCUCCUCGUGGUUCAGUCCCGCAUCGCCUGGGGAGCCCCGAAUAAGCAGGGUUCUCACCACGCUCACGGCACUCCCCUUGGUGAUGAGGAAGUCUCGGCUGCCAAGAGCUUCUACAACUGGCCGAACGAGAAGUUCCUGGUGCCAGACGAGGUGUGCCGACAUUUCCGUAGGCAGCUGGCACGAGGAACCGAGAAGCACAAGGACUGGAAGAAGCUCCUCGACAGCUACAAGACCAAAUACCCGGACGAGGGCAAGCGCCUUGAGCUGCUCCUUGGCGGUCAGCUGCCCAAGGGCUGGGACGAGCACUUCGAGGCCUUCCCUACGGACCCGAAGGGUAUGGCGACCAGGCAGUCCAGCAGCGUCUGCCUGAACAUGGUUGGCGAAGGUGUCCCAUGGCUCAUCGGUGGCUCCGCCGAUCUAGCCAACAGCUGUGGGACAGUGCUUCAAGGUAUGGGCAACCUCAUGCCACCAACCUUGGAGUCGGGCAACUACGCUGGCAGAAAUCUUCAUUUCGGCAUCCGCGAGCAUGCCAUGGGCUCCAUCGUGAACGGCUUGGCCCUCUCGAGGUUGCGACCAUUCUGCUCGACCUUCCUGGCAUUCAGCGAUUACAUGAAGCCACCUCUCCGACUGUCCUCGAUGAUGCGAAUCCCCUGCACUUUCGUUUUCACGCACGACUCCAUAGGUGUGGGCGAGGAUGGUCCAACUCAUCAGCCCGUGGAGCACCUCGAUGCGCUGCGGGCACUCCCGGGCAUGGUGGUUUUUCGCCCUUGUGAUGCCAACGAGUGUUUGGAGAUGUGGAAGCACAUCAUGAAGGAGAACCGUCUCGCGCCCGUUGCAGCCAUCCUCUCACGGCAGUCCUUGCCUACACUGGAUCGCGAGAAGUUUGCAUCGGCAUCUGGCCUCCACAAGGGCGGCUACAUAUUGACAUGCUCGUCGAACGGCGGAGCUCCUGAUGUGAUUCUCAUGUCCACAGGCAGCGAGGUCCACCUCAUGCUUGAGGCACACGAUGCACUGUCUGCUGAUGGCAUCGAAGUCUGGUCAUUGAGCAUGCCUUCGAUCGAGUUGUUCAAGAGUCAGCCUGCGAAGUACAUCGAGAGCGUUCUGCCCAGUGGCUGCAGAGCGCGGGUUUCCAUCGAAGCCAGCAAGGGUGACUGCUGGGGAAGCCUCAUCGGGCUGGAUGGAGAACACGUGGGAAUGAAUGGCUUUGGGGCCUCGGGCCCUAUGGAGAGGAUCCAGAUGGAGAAGGGCCUUACCGUUAAAGCUGUUGAGAAUGCAGCCAGGCGUGUCAUGAAAGAGCAGGUGAACACGAAGCUGCAUUCCAACUCGAAGAAACGUGAAAGGACCUUCGACAGCGAAGAGGCAUCAGCACAUCGGCGAUCAUUUCAGCAAGGUAGCGCUAUUGUCUUUCAGCCCAAAGCCUUCUGUCUACCAGCCGCUGAUUUCGCAGGCACCCGUGCUGCAGAUUUUGCACUUCUUUGA